CUUAAGCCGACAUGUCACCAGCCCGGGGAGGCCUGACCCGGCGCCGGGAGGGAAGAUUAGGGCCGCCGCGCCCCUCGCCCGCCGGUAGGCUUGCCGUGGCUGGCAGCUCGCCUCGGCCGCUUCUAAAUUUAGUGCAGUCUCCGUCUUUGGUAAUUGUAAGUUAGCAGUGUUGUUAUAUUGCUGUUUUAUUCUUUCUGUUAUGCACUGUGGAGUCCUUCCUGCCCACCACUGCCGCGGGCUAAUCUCCAUGGCCACAAUACACGUGUUGCGUGAAGUUAGCAUUGCGUGCGGGGUGGGUGUGUGUGCGUGUGGGUGAGAGCAGCCCACAGGUCCGCCCUACGCUCUCUCCAAGACCUCCGGUAACGACGAUUGGUCGGCGGUGGUCACGUGACCGCCCACCAAAUACUCAAAAAUAUCAAACCUUCCGCCAGUGGCAUGGCUGCUGAUUGUUAGGCGGCACGGGGGUCCGCCUAGCGAGGUCGGGUGCACGGUGGCCGCUCACCUGGCCGCCACUAUAAAAAUGCUCCUCACGCAGCAACAUUUUUUCGCCUUAUUUUUGACGCAAUUUUCUCCUCAAUUACACGGGAUGGACCAAAACACUUAGGAGCAAUCUUUAUGAAGGUCAGGCUUAUAAAAUAUGGUAAUCCCGGCGCUGUUCUGGCGGGGAGGAACAGGCUGAGUGGAGAGGUCAUGCUGGAGUGUGUGAGUGAAGGGAAGAAGUAAAGUGGCUGGCCUCUGAGGCGCUCCAUGAGGUGAGAGUGAAGCCACCAACCCCCGAGGAAGGAGGACAAGUCAGCACCCCCUCACGCCUUGGCUGUUGGUGCCGGAGUGAUAGUGGUGGUUGUGAAGUGGAGAGGGGUAGGCUGGUUUGCUGGUGGCCAGGCCAGGAAGGGAGGAGGGUUACGUAGUCCCCGGUCGGCCCCCAUGGUUGUGGCAGCAGCAGCAGCAGCGGCGCGCGGGCCAGUGUGUCCCCACCGCCCGCCCCGCGCGCACCCACACCUCACGCCGCCACCACCACCACGCACCGGGCCAGUCGCUAGCGUGGUGCCCCUCAGUGAACACAACCUCUCUCAGUGUCAAGUGCCCAGUGAGUGCCGGUGGCCUUACAGUGCCAGUGACCAACAACCUGGAUCCUUGCCCACUACUGUACAAGCUCCCUCCCUCAGCAGGAUUACUCACGCCUGUCCUCUCCUCCCGUGCUAGUGGAGGAGCCUCUACAGUAUAUAUAUGAUAAUAACAACACAUUUCGAUAUAUUUUGAUAGUGCUUUCCCUACCUUUAAUAUUUCGCUACCCAAAGUACUUUCAAGAAUAGCCGUAAGAAAUUAUUAAGAAAUCUGCCCAGGAAUUGAGAAAAAGUUUUGUAAGUGUCUUUGCUGUUCGCCUCAUACUAUGUGGAUAGCGAAGAGGAUAUUAAGUGGCUGCCGUCAGUAAAGUGAACGAGUUUUUUUUGUCUUCUGUGGAAAUCCUCGAAUCGGUUGUGAUAACGUGUGAGGGAAACUGCAAAGUAAAUCUAGGCGUUGCAGUGCUCGUGAAGAAAAAAUAUAAAAGGAACUUGCAAAACGAAAGAAAAAAAAAUCCAAAGUGCGUCUUAAAUUUCCUCCUACAAUAAAGUGUAAAUAUAAAAAAAAAGUGUGACCAUAGAUAUAUAUAUUCUUACACGAGUCCAAAGGCAUUCUUCACAAGUGCUUUUUUCAAGUGUAUGCGAGUAAGUAAAACAAAGCAAAAAAAAAAAAAAAAAGUACGUGGUGCUCAAAAGUGGCCCAGAAAGUAAGUAGCUUGUAAGUCGACCAUCUCCAAAGUGGCUUCGAACCGUGGUCCUCAGCGCCCUCCAGACCUUCCCGCCACCGUGGCCCGGGACCGAGGCCUCCCAGUGGACCAUCGCCAUAGCAGUGCGUCCGUCUUGCGUCGGAUUCGUGGGCCGGACGCAUGUGUUGUGGCAGUGGCAGCUGUUGUCGCCGGUGGUGUUGGUGUUAGUGGUGGUGUUGGUGCACGGAGAUAAUAUCAGAAAGGGGAGGGAGACUCCUUGUCAUGCACCUCAGGAAAUGCCAUGCAAUUUUGAGGAACACGCUUUUGUAAACGCCCCAAGAACCCAGCGGUGCCCUCGACCCCCCUGCGAAUGUGAAGGAUGGAAGUCGUACGUGAGGUGUCACAGCUGCUCCCCAUGCACGACAAAACGGUUGGUUGCGAGCUGGCCGGCGGUCUGCCUGACGCCGCCCCACAACACAGCACCGUGGCUGCCAACUCGGCCCCCCUGGCGGCCUACCCGCCCGCCCCAGAUAUGUCCCACAUGUCCUCCUACUACAACGCCUAUCCGGACUACCGGCCGCCCCACCCGCCCGAUGAAUACCCGGGCGCGCCGGGCGGCCAGGGCGGAGGCGGGGCCGGCGGGGGCCACUGCGGCCAGGAGUACGACCCCCGAAUGCCCCCGACGCACCCGUACUACACCCAGCAAGGCUACCCGCGCUACCCGCCCUACGACAGACUCAUGAACAAUUAUUACAACGCGCAGACACCUCAGCACCCGCACACUCCGCACGGCAUGCAGCCCCACGAAGCCCACGACUACCGCGACCCCUCGCCGGCCGCGCCCACCUGCAUGGGCCAGCAGGCCUCCCCGCCCGUGCAGCAGUACUCCUCCUGCAAGAUGGCGGGGCAGGGGCCUCCACAGCAACCCCAGCAGCCACAGCAACAGCAGGCACAGCAACAACCCCCGGGCAUGGACCCCAAUGGAGGGCCGCCCCAGGAUACCUCCCUCCACAUGGCCGCCCAGGACCACCAGGGCUGGCCGGCACAACAGCCGCCCCAGCAGCAACAAAACACCUCAUCGGCCCUCCCGUCUCCCCUCUACCCAUGGAUGAGAAGUCAAUUUGAGCGGAAGCGUGGGCGACAGACCUACACGCGAUACCAGACGCUCGAGCUGGAGAAGGAAUUCCACUUCAACCGCUACCUGACGCGGCGGCGGAGGAUAGAGAUCGCCCACGCCCUCUGCCUCACCGAGCGACAGAUCAAAAUAUGGUUCCAAAAUCGAAGGAUGAAGUGGAAGAAAGAAAACAAGAGCAAAGUGGAGAACGGGAACAGCCUUUCAGAUACACCGACCCCAACGUCCCCCUCGCAGUGACCUCUGUGCUGUGGCUCGGGUUGCCAAAUAAUGACCUAGAGUAUACUAGGGUGUGCAAAGUGCCAGUGAAGAGUGUGUGACCCAUUUUAUACUGGAUAAUUAAGUGCUAUUUUACAUAGUUUACGUGUACGUGCUCCUUAUGUACAGUGCAUCUCCAAAUAUUGGCAAAUGUUCUACUGAAUAAACCAGUGACUCUAUGUAAGCCGUGGUGGCGCCCGGUGGAGGCGUCAUAGUGUAAAGUGUAUUCUGUGUUAUAUUGGUGUUCAAGCCGGGAAACAGCCUACCAGUGCCAGUACCAAGAAGCUAUAAAACAGGGGGCUUCGGUAGCCGGGUGCAGCAGUGACGUGGCACUCUCCUAUUGGUGUAAAUCUUUGAGUUAGCAGUGACAUCAAAUUUCACAACCACCGUUUGACAGUACCCUCAUCAGCAAAGUCUACAAUCAUUCCAAGAUCCAGAUGAGUAAACUUUUCUUUUUCGUAAAUUCCUUUUUGACAAGCAACCAGAAAGCCCCCCUCCUUACAACCACCGACACCACCACCACCAACACCACCACCAACACCACUACCAACACCAACACCACCCCAGCUCCCCCGCCAACCUGUCAGGCGCCAGACCCCUCGCUAGCCACUACCAAAAACUUAAGGAGAAUCUAGCUGUUUAAACUCGACGUAACGUUUCCAGUUGCUUCUCCUACUCUGGUAUUGUUUGUAUAAAAUAAGAGUUUCGAUACAAAAUUGUAAUGUUUCCCUACUAGGAACAACCCAGUAUAUCUUAUAUAUGCUAGAUUGUAGCGGAGGUGAAACUUAAAACUAGAUGUUAUUGACUACUACUACUAGUAUACCACACAGGUUACAAAUGAUCAGAGGAAAUGGUUUCUUUUUUUUCAUUUAGCGAGGUGAUCCAAUGACAUGGAUGGACCACCUAUGUAGUGCGUAGUACGACGAUGGUUCAACUGAGGAGACGGUGUGUGCCGCGUGAGUGCCUCCCCCUUUCGUCCAGUUGAAUCAUUAGUUUAUAUGUAAAAAGAGUGAUUCAGGUGGCCCCUCUACAGAGACGACGGUUUCCAAGACAACUCUGGCCCAUCUCUGUAGAAACUUUACAUGAAACACCAAAACAAACCAGGUCCGUCAGUGUGGGUGUACUCUCUACACAGAUGGCCCAUCUUCGGAGUCGGUCCCUCGAUCCAGAUGCUCGCUCUCCGGGAGGAAUAGUUGUAUGGGCAAACCUGAAACCAGUCCAUAUCACAACAAGUAUCCACAUCUCUCGUGCUCAAUGAUAUUUUGUAACUUUUGUCCUUCGUUUGGGUGUGUCGUCGCCCUGUUGUUUAGAAUUGCUGCGUCGGUCAAGCGCCAGAAGUUGUUGCCCAUACACUGCUAUUCUACCGACCGCGCGUUGAGGCUUGUGAAGGACGGGUACUAAAAGAGACUCAACUCUGGAAGGCUGCGGUGCUGUGAGACCCGCGGGGAAGCCUUAUGAACUAGCCGUAAAGUGUCCCUGUCAUGUAUACUGUCGCCACCUCUAAAGGGACACGUUAGCUCCUUUCUUAGUGGGGACGUGGGAUUCGAUGUUUGAUGCACAUCCGUCGCGAUUAAAGAUGGAUGCUGGAGUUAAUCACCAUCCACGUGUUCAGCAUCUGCCUCCCCCAUCCCUUCCCCUCUCCCUCCCUUCCUCUCCCCUUCCCCCCUCCCUCCCUUCCUCUCCCCUUCCCCUUCCCUUCCCUAAUCCCACUCCCUUAUUCCUUCACACCUCAAGCCACCCCUCCUUUCCUUAACUCCCACAUCCCUCCCUCCCUCCCUCCCUCCCCAUAAACCCCUCCAUUCCUCAUUACCGACGCCAAAAUCAUCUAUUUCCAUCCAGUAUAUUUUUUAAAAUGAGUUUGUACUCGAAAAACUGUACCUUCCAAAGCUGAGUCUACAUAAUUUAUAUAGUUAGACUGUAGAAUGAACCAGGUCUGGACGGUGGGGUAUCUUCAUGUUGUGGUUCCGGGGUGGAGAGAACCCACCCCCUCUGGCGGCACUUGGGAGGAACUAAAACAUUAAUCACGAUACCAAACUUGGAGGAGCUUUACUUGUUUGCGCAUCAGAAAGCUCGCGUCCGCCGUUGGGUUAAGCAUCACUGUAACCAUCUAUCAUUUCUUGCUUAUCUUCGCCACGUGUGAGCCUCCCAGAUGGUGCCAAGGGCGGUGUAUGAGACUGGACUCCGUAGGUAAACAAAGAGACAGAGGGGAGUAGUGAACAGAAAAUAAGAUAAAGUUAACGCUGAUUUUCAAGCUUUCGAUUUUGUCUGAUUCAUUAAGUUGAGAUCAUAUUCACUGCUAAGGGAGUUUGUCCGUCUCUAUGACAUCCUCGUUUUCGAACCCUCAGUUGUUUUGGGAUUUACUUCUUGGAGAAAUGGAGAUCAAAGUUGCAAAUCAAUGAAGGAAGGACAAGAGAGUAACUGCAUCAUCUAUAGUAACGAAUAAUGGCGAAAUAUAUGAAAAAAAAUAAACAUGUUUUAUGGUCUCUUGUCCGGGCGGAAGUAGAGUGUAACCAUCCGGCGUCACUGUGCAUGUCGGGAAAGGUUCAGUUUCCCACGACGAACACUCAAAAGAUUCUUAAUCUGCACAGAAUAUUCAACAGACGGGUGUUAGGUCCGUGCAAUAGGAGUAUACUCUUUUGUAAUCUUUAAGGCAGAGUAACUUAGGAUUAUUUUUAGGAAUGCUCCGUUUUUUCCCCUCCUCCGAUCCGUUGUUGCCCAUCAGGGGUCCCCUUUAGGAGUGUCAGCAAGCGACCAGGUGCGGGGUUCUUCCUGAGUUGUUCUGCCAUACCUCCGGGAGUCUGUCCUUAAUACCAUCCUGGAGGAUGUCUUCUGUUCAUAUAUAUCAUUACUUUGUAAAGUAGGGACUUCAUAAUUGAGUGGUCUGACAGAAAGGUCAGACCUCGUCCAUCUACCAUUGGCUCAUACAAACAACAGAGAAAAUGUAGCAUUAAUUGUAAAUUAACAUGGGGAGAGAUAUCACAAUUAUAUUUUUUCAAAGGCAUUGCAUACUCACUCACCCCAAACCUAAUACGUAAAUACAGUGGAGGAACUAUUUUGGACAGAGUAAUUUUUUCACCUGCGAGAAACACCGUGGAGGUGUUUCAUGAUGUAUACGAUCUAUAGUUCGGGAUAUUCUCAUCUCUGGAUUGGCUUUGAGACUUGUUUGUAUAAUGUCUGGUAGGUCUGGUAUCUUGGUGUCUUGUCGUAGUGCGUGUUGACAUGGAGGAGAUUUGAGAGAACAAACAAACAUGUAUACAACCAACAAAAUCGAGAGCAUGACAGAAGUAAAUUCAGGGAUUAGCUGCACGAACACUGUAUCCAAACCAAGUUAUUCCUUUGUCGCAAGGCCACCGAUUAUGACCCAGACUUGCAGGUGCCUGGGGGGGUCCCGCUCCCCCUCCUCGCCGGGGCGGGGGGGCGUGACCCUCCCCGGCGCCGACUGCUUCAGCCCACUCUCGCUGGUAUGGAAGUGGUUUCUUGAUCAUUAUUUCCUGGUUUUUGCAAAAAAAUGCCUUAAAAAGUAAAUGUUGCAGAACGCAAACGCAAUCGGCAACAUCCCACCAAUGAAAUUAAUUAAUUGAUUAAUUAUGGCUCCUCUUGCCUUUCUUUGAUGAAGUAUUGGUUAUUCCCCCCUUUUGCACUGCAUCUGAAAGCCAAUAAAUCACCAUUCAUCACAAAAGCUGGCAGAGAAAAAUACCCAACGCAUCACUCAUGAUCACGACGCGUUCAUUGCGAGCAGCCAAACACUGAUGUACCUAAGUUAGCAUGUGGAUCUCGUUCGACUCUCUCUGUACGUAACUGCAGCUGCUAAUGUUAAUGAUAUUAAUAUUGUGACCCUCUAUUUCUCACUUCUGUCUUCAUAUGUAUUGAUCUUGGUAAUGUAGAGGUAGUGAGUGAUCUGUCUCUCGGUAUAGUAUCUUGUGUGGGCAUGUUGUAAGUAAGGUAUAUAUGUUAGUGUAUUUAAAGUGAACUGGGACAUAGGCCCUUCUCGCCGCAAACUAUCGAAUGACAGCCAGCCGGUUGACCGUCGUGGGAAUUAUUAUUAUCACCUAUAACUGUUAUUAUAAUUAUCACAUUUAUUUUUCUUACUGUUAUUAUUUUUACGACUACCAUUAUUUUUAUUUUCUCUCAUAACGUUGAUCAUCAUCCUCUGUUCUAGUGUCAUAUGAUGCUUUUAACAUUAAUUUAUAUUCGUAUACUUUAUUUCUCUAAGGAUAUUUUCCGAGGAUUUUCCUCAUAGUUAUAAUGAAUGAAACUCAGUGUUACUUUACCCAACUCCGUGUAUACGAGCCGUGUAUACUAUACUUAUCUUACCCAACCAACGAAAGCCUGUAGCCAGUGUUAUUGACAUGUGUAGUGUUAUAUAGAAGUGUGACUGAAAUUUAGGUUUAAUCAAAGCCUAGAGUAUUAUCAACAGUCGGGUAUCUUCAUACUUUACUGAACAAAAUGUUUAUUGUUACAGAAAUCUAUGGCAUACCCAGACACUGUUGCUUUGUCAACUCAUUAGUUGUAAGUCUCAUACAAACACUUAAAGAAGAUAUCAAUGAUUUCAUUUCAUUAUAGUUUAUUUUUCUGUCGUUUGCUUUAACUAUCAAGAAGUUUCUAUUUAAUUUAUUUGUUCCCAUGAAACAUGAUGUAUUCCUACAUGUAUCCAUUAAUUAAGCUGAUAACCUAAAGUACAUACGGACUGUAUCCAAUUAAAGCGUGGAACCUGAUGACUAGUGUAAAACAGCCAUUUCUUGGAUUUUAGUGGAGCAAUUGUGUUGUACCCUGAUAAUAGUUUUAAUAUUGAUAGGUGUUCUAUAUUUUGUAACCAUGUACACAAAGGUGAGGAGAUAUACGUAACUCUAUACCAAGCAGUAUCAGAACCAAAUAGACGCUUGUAAGUAAUGCAUAGCGCUUUCUGGCUUUCUUACCGUGUCUGUUUACGACGGCCGUCUCUACAUUAGUUGUUAUUGAGACAUGUGCAAUGUAUCCAGGGGUAUUUUCACAGUGGGGUUUUCUCUUUACUUUCUCUGCGAGUCACCGAAACGGACCUCAAAACAUCCCCCCAUAAAGCCCCAUUGCCCCCCCUCCCGCCAUCGUCCCCCUCAAGGAUAUUGCUGUCAUUCACACGGUUUGGCGCUUCGCUCGAACCCUCAAAUGCAUCAUGAUAUGGCAAUAACAACCAAUGUAAUGUAACUUAUUUCCAAUCGUAAUUAUUAUUACUGUACAUUUUACACAUUUAAAUGCCGCGGCAGCUUUUUUUAUUUAGUUUUAUUGACUAGUGAUUUUUUUGUUUUGUUUUUUACGUUGUCAUUUUUACUUAUCCAUAAUUUCACUUAGUCCAAGGCAAUAGUUUGUCAACGUAGAGAAGAUUGUGACUCAAUUGUGGCUUCCCUGGUAGUCGUGAGGGAACUUUGAUUGUUUUCUCCAUUUUGCUGAUUUUUCUCUGUAUUAUACUUCUCAUCGUAAAGUAAAUUGAUAUCCGGCUGUUAUCUCUGCACUCAAGUGAGGUGGCCCAGAGGUGUGGCUCACCCGCGUGCCGCCACACACCUUGGUCCAUUUCCUAAGCCAGAUCCGCGUCUUUUUUUUCUACCCUUGUGCUCGCUAGUUACCACACAAUUCCAUGUCCAGAGAGAAAACAAGAUCUGCUUUACGACCUGACGACUCGUAAGGGGUUUUGGGUCCUCUGUUCGCCACCAAGAACUGAUAGUAUACCAACUAGGGAAGCCAGAUUGGAUUAUGAUUUCUGUGGUGAUUUUUUAUAACAUGUAAAACCUCGCUUACUUCUGAAUGUAAAUAUUCUUUUUUUUUUCUAAUUACAGCAGAAGCUCUUUAAGGAUAAACAAAGCAGUUCAUGUUCAAGAGGUUAACAAGUUCAGAUGUUUCCUAUCAGCAGAACAUUGUAUUUGAACUAUUGUAUUGAUGACUGGACAAGUAUGUUUAUGUUCGUGUGCCACUCAACAUGUGUCUGUAAAUAGAGAACAACUUCGCAAUACAAACUUUAAUGAAUA